GUCUUCGCGUGAGUGCGCAUGAGCGACAUCUGAAGAUAGCGACAAGCUUGGUGUAUAUUUGUCCAGUUAAUUUGCCCUAAUUUUACGUACAAUUGUGGCCAAAUGGCUCACAUUUUCGUCAAUACAAACGAGAAUUAGGAAUCACCAAAAUGCUGUAGUCACGGAAUGCCUAAUUGACACCGUGGAGCGAGAUUUUUGGCCUUUAAUUUGGACGAAGGUAUUGUCAUGGCCAGCACUAGUGCUGGUCGAACGAAACACCGUGAUUUCAGCCUCGGAGAUUUCGAGUUAUCUACAACUCUCGGUAUGUAGUAUUUACAUUAUAGCCGUAAACGUUUUAAUGAUUAAAAUCAUAAGCUAAGCCGUUGACCAAACAUAAUGUUUAAACGGUUUUUAGCUUUAUUUAAAUUGCCACAUCCGUGACCCGAGUUCGCAUAGCGUGAGUGCAAAAUGUUUCCUUUGCAGGUACGGGGACAUUUGGUCGUGUCAUCUUGGCAAAAGAGAAGAAAACCGGCGAAUAUUUCGCGUUGAAAAUCAUGAGCGUUGCCGAUAUUAUACGGCUAAAGCAAGUCGAGCACGUGCAGAAUGAGAAAAGUAUCCUCAUCAAAGUGGAUAACCCUUUCGUAGUAAAUCUGUAAGUUGGUUUGUAUAUGUUUUGACUUUCGUUCUGGCGGUCUAUGUGUGUUUGUAUUGUGCUAUCAUGUUUCUCUGAGCUUACAUUUGUUUAAUCUAGCUUGAAAUAUACUGGGAGUGUCCUGCGAUUAAGCUCUUGUUAGGAAAAUGUUCAAAUUACUAUAAACCUCAUAGCACUCUACUUCGUGGUCAAGUAUAUAUUGCUUCUGUUUCUAUGGGCAUGGGCAUUUAAUUAUUUUACAUGUCUAAAAAGCAUUUGAUGAAGUCAUUAGGUUGUGAACCGAUCCUAAUUUACUGUGUACACCAAUUUAGGAUCUGUGCACUUUCAUUCUGUAAUAUUUCGGCUGUGCUAUUGAUUGGAACAAUUAAUACAACAUGUUGUAACAAAUUAACAUCGCAUGGAAUUUUGUCUAUUAAAUUCCCAACGUACAAUUUGCCACAAAUGUUUUAUUAAUUUUCAAUGUGUCCUAACUAACAUUUGAGAAUAUUUAAUUUUAUAAGGUUUUGUGUUUGGAAAAGCAGUGCAUUUACAACAAAUUAUUUAUAUUACAUUUUUAAUAUUUUUGAUGUUUCACAAAACGAGAUUCUAUAUUCCAUGCAAACUAUGCUCAGGACAACCAGGAAAUGAUGUUCAGUGUAAAUUGUACUUUGUAAAAGGAUGUCCAGAUUAAUGUUAUCACUUAAAAAUCACUUAAACACUGUCUGGAUAUUUUAAACUGUCAGACAGGCAGUGCAAAUUUUACAUUUUUGUAUGCCCUUUGAGGAAGUGUCUUCUUGAAAUCAUAAGGGACCUAGCUUAGCUAUUACCAAAGAGUCCCCAACACUAGGACACCACUUAAUAAGUAGGAUGUAUAGUGCCCAUUUUAUGUGUGUGUGUGGGAGGUGCAUUGGUUUCGGUGUAUGGGUACGAGUAGUGUCAUCUUGUUUUACUGAUGUCUGUAAUUCAAUCAUACUUUUUGUUUUCUUGCAAUAGACAAUGAUAUAAUGCGAAAAAUGUGCACCUUAAUUACGAGAAAAGGUACAGACAUCGACGAAAAUAUUGCUAACCAAAAUCAUGCUACCCGUACAUGUACACUGAAACCGGGGUAUCUUAACCUCUCUAAUGUCUCAGUUUUGAAAGGUUUCCAUGUUGCUUUCUCAAUUUUGCCUUUUAAACCCAUUAAUCAGGGCUUAAAAUAUCUUUUACAGGGCCGUCUGACAAAAUGUCCAAUGACUUUGAGUUGGACAUAUGUGUGAUCAUGAUGUCUCCGACGAUGAUCUUCAGUUCAGUUUGGCUCGAAAAUUUCCCGACCCUAUUUUUUUCUGCUGACCCUAUUAUUUUUUCAACAUGAUUGACUUGACCGUGCGACCCUAUUUUCUCCGGGUGGUUGCGGGCUGCUCAUACAGCGUGCCAAAAUGGCAUCUGUUGUCACACUAAUUAUUAAACCAAAUUGCCUAAAUUCGUUCAUAGGAAAUACGUAAAACUAUCUCUAUUUAAGAUUGUUGUUGGGACUCUACUGCAAAUAGCCCAUCAAAAACUGCCAAAACCAUAAAAAUAUUCAAAAAAAUUUAUUUCCGAUAUGAAACUGGAACCACAGGUAUUUUUUUAGGCCUCAUCUGAUUCUCCAUUUAAAAUAUGAGCCUCUAGUCCUGGGCUAGGGUACAUUUUGUCAGACAAAGCUACAGUUCAAACCACUCAUCCACACACAGCUACUUUCCACAGAAAGUUCCCUAACAUCCUGUGCUUGAAUUGACUGAGUAAUGUUUGUUAUGCCCAACAUAAAAGUACAAAUUAAUUAACCCAUUGAGUGGCAGCACUCUGCCCUUGACAAGUAAGAUUGUCUGGCUAGACAGAGUAAAUAAUAAAAUGAGUGCAUCAGGACGUUUUGCCACUUAAAGGGUUAAUACACAAGUCAUCAAGCAGUAAAACGAUGAAUUUUACAUUUUAAAGACAAAAAUACACAAUAUUCUCCCAAUUUUGGGGGCUUAAUGUCUCUUGACACAAUAUUCUCCCAAUUUUGGGGGCUUAGUGACUCUUGAUGUGUGCUACUUCGUUAUUUUAUUCUUUCUAAUGCCAAACAAUUUCACUUGUUUAGGAGAGUGUGCUUCCACUCAAUGGGUUAAUAACAUUUGACAUUGGGAUAAUUGACUUUUAAUCCCCAAGCUGUGCAGUGUUUUCCUCCUUUAAUUAAAUAUCUUAUUGGACAGCAUGUUAAUUAAUGAGUGAUUCUAAUUGGCCAAUUUAAACAGAUAAUUACAAUAGGGACAUUUUAAGGAACACUUGUAUUCUUGAGGUAUCAAGGCCUGUCAGAAGUGAGGGGGACUAGGGCCUUUCAAUCCUCAAUAAUGUCCUCCAAUCAACCAGGAUUGUAUUUCUUUUCAUACUUUAUUUCUUUCUUACACAGGAAAUUGCAAUCAACUUAGCUGUAAUAGUUUGUUGUCACCUUGAUAUUGUGUACAUACCAAUAGGAACAAAACCAAUUCUUUAUGCAUGUGAUUCCUACAGAGCAACCACUGUUUCAAAACUGGGAGGAUAAGGUUGUAAAAAGGUGUAAAGCACAUUACAAAAUCUUGCAAAUGCAAGAACGUCACAACUUUGAUAAAAAUUCCUCACACGAAGCACAAAAAUGCUCCUCUUAAGCUUGAGAAAUGCAAAAUUUUCUAGGGGAACAUGCCCCAGGCCUGCCUUGGAUGAGCCCCAGAUGACACUGUGAGGUACGGAUGAGGGAAAAAUGCAACCACUUUACACAUGUUUAGCAGUUUGAUCUGUUCAUUUCUCAACCUCAAGCAAUUUACCGGAAAUUGCUUGAGGUUGAGAAAUGAACAGAUCAAACUGCUAAACAUGUGUAAAGUGGUUGCAUUUUAAAUUUCACCAUAAAUUAAAUGAAGAGGAUUGUGGUACCAGUAGUAAUUUACAUACACCAAUUGAAAACACAAAUCAUACAUGGCAAAUCACAGCAUGUACCAUAAACAUACCUCUAUAAAUCACUUUAAGUACCUAAUUUUUCAUACAGUAAUUUGGACAAGUCUGAAUAUUAGUAUUGUCAUCAUAAGUGAUUACGGAAGGCAAGUAUUUGAUUAUUUUGAUUAGUCAAAUGUCGAUGUAUUGACGUGAUUUGUGAGGGAUUCCAUUCAGUAUACAAAUAUGAAUCUUGUUUAAAGUUAUUAAGGUAGUAUACUAUACCACCAAAUAUAGAUUGGGGUGGGGGGAUUCUUUGGGGACCCCCUGUAAUUGUGCAUCUAUUUAUAUUGUGCAUCUAUUUAUUUUUAAGAUUGUGGACUUAUCAUGACAGCAAGUUUCUCUACAUGAUAUUCGAGUAUGUUUGUGGUGGAGAACUUUUUACUUAUUUAAGAACUGCUGGCAAAUUUAGUAAUACAACUGGACUAUUUUAUAGUGCUGAAAUUGUAUCAGCAUUAGCGCACUUGCAUUCUGUAAAUAUUGUUUAUCGGGACUUAAAACCAGAAAAUCUUCUUCUUGAUCUUGAUGGUCAUGUCAAAAUUACAGACUUUGGAUUUGCUAAAGAAGUUCAAGACAAGUGAGUGAAAGUUAUUUUUAUUUCUACCAAGACAUUGCAGACAUCGGGGAGAAUAUUGAUUAUUACCUAUAUUGAGUAUUGCCAUUGGGGAUGCGAUUUUAGAUUACCAACUUAAUUAUUUCCGCCGUUUAGCUGUUGCUACAAAUUUCAGUCCUGAGAAGUUUUGGACUUUUGAUCAUUUAAAUUUAGGAGUAACUGUCUAUAUAUACUGUUCUCACCAGAGGUUCAUUUAGUGUUUAGAGUAAGACUGCGUGGAGGCAAUCUAGGCCAACUGGAUGAAUCGAACCACACGCGUUUUUUUCACUUCUACCAUAAUCGUGGCAUCAUUGCAUUGCCUUAAAAUUGAUGCAACUUUCCCUAUAAAGCUAUCUAGCGCUCGAUCACCUUAUUCAAGGCGAAAUCAUAAUUUUCAUACCCAUAUUUCGGACAUGCAGCUGGUCCCGUAUUUGUACACCUAAUAAUGGCCGUUUUUCUCUCGAAGAUAUAUAAGCUGUAUUUGUAUAGGAAAUUACACGGUCAUGUGAACGGUGCAGUGGACGCCACAGUCUUGCAGUUGCAGGCGAUGUAAAUUGUGGUGGUUGCAUGAAGAUGGAAAAGGCGAUGUCAAGAAAGAAUUGGCAAGACGAAUUAUUGCCAUGUUACGUUUCCAACAAUUUUACUUUAUUUGUGUUAGAACGUGGACAUUGUGUGGAACUCCAGAGUAUUUAGCACCAGAAAUCAUUCAAAGUAAAGGUCAUAACAAGGCUGUUGAUUGGUGGGCGUUAGGAGUAUUAAUAUAUGAAAUGUUAAUAGGGUGAGUAUUAAGGUUAAAGUUUUGUUCCAGUUACAAUAAUUGUUUCCAAAACACGACAAUACCCAUACUAAGAAAAUACAAUUUCUACAGAAGCUGUCAAGUAUGUAGUGGCCCUUAAGAGACUAUCUAUACUCCUUCUGUACCUAGGGUUACUUAAGAGCUAUUUUUUUACAUUCAAUUUACACUUUGCAGAUAUCCGCCAUUCUAUGACGAUAAUCCAUUUGGAAUUUAUGAAAAAAUAUUAGCAGGCAAGGUUGAGUGGCCCAAGACUAUGGACAAUUCACAUGCCAAGUAUGUGUUGUUUGCGUGAAGUUAAUUAUAAGUGCAUAUUUUCCUGUAUCCCUACUGUAUUCGCUAACCUAAACAAUAGUCUAUACAAGGAAUACAGGUUAGUCACGUAAAAAGGAAAGGAACAUAAAAGGGGCAAUCGUCUUAAGAUACCAACAAAACAAAUAUCAUGUAAAAAAUAUCCAUUGGCAUUGUGUUUAUUAUUACGCAAACUACCAACCAUGGCUGGUAGUUUGCGUAAUAAUAAACACAAUAUACUGACCGCUGAACAAUGUUAGUAGACAUUUAACCUUUUCAAUUUACCUAACCCUGGUCGUAUUCCUAUAAUAGUAACCCUAGUCCUUAACCGUAUAACCUUAAUAAACUCAACCUUACUUACCAAACCUUUGGAGAAUUCGGCCCUUUGCUCCAGGAGAUAGUUAUAACUACUGACGGAAUCCUCAUUUUGCUGCUCUAUACAAAAAGAGACGUUACCACUGAGGGUGGAAAAUUGAGGCAAAGUUACAAAGGCUUAAGGUUUUGUUAAGUUUUGUUUUGGGUUUUUGUUUUCAAAUUUGUCCGCGACUUCCAGCGAGUUGGUAAAACAUUCUAUAAGUGUUGAUCGAAUCUAACAUUUCGUUCUUUAGAGAUUUGAUAAAGAAAUUACUAGUUCACGAUAGGACAAGACGAUUAGGUUGUUUAAAGGUACCACUUACUAAAUGUGUUUUACUGCUUAAAUUAUAAUGUAUUAUUUACCUGCAUGAUGAUGCCUUACAUGCAAACGAACUUCAAUUUAGGUAUACGUAAUUACGUACUGUAGAUAAGUUAUGAUGUGUGAAUACAUUAUAGUACUCAACUGAUUUCUUUAGAAUGGCGCAGAAGAUGUGAAAGCACAUAAAUGGUUUCGUGGAAUAGAUUGGGAAGUAGUUAUUCAAAGGAAAUUACAGGUAAUUUUUGGUACCCCCUUUGUGUGCAUUAGACAAUUUUGCUAGCGCUGAUGGAAUUUUUUCAUAGUUGCAGUCUCCCAGGAACAAAAUGUUUUUUCUUGGCCUAACUUUGACCCCGAGUAGGACCUGGCUAACUAUAUGUCUUCUUGCCCACAGCGAGGACUAAAACUAAGAUUUGGAUGUAGCAAAAUAGUCUAUCUCCAGACACUGCCAAGCCAAGCGAAUAAUGUAAUGUAUGUAUAUUGGCGAUGAUCCGGGAAUCGCGGAUCCAAAUACUUGCAAAGUUGGUUUGUUUUCCAAUAUACAAUAGCCAUGCCAAGUUCGGGACUACUGUGUGUGUGUGGGGGGGGGGGGAUGUAACUCCCCCAAAGGAAAGUCAAGAAAGGGGGCCCAAUUUGCCCAGAUAGGGGGUCCCGGAAUGCUGGAACGUGUUAAAUAUUAAGGAAUUUUCUUAAAAAUUGAGGUCGAAAAAGACCUGAAAAAGUAUUUCUAACCCCCAAAUGUCCCAAACUAGUCUUUGGAAAAAAAAUUAGGGACGUUUUGGAAAAAUUGGAUUCACCCCCAACCAGAUUACCGCUCGGCACGGCCCUGAACCAUGCAAACCUACAAGGUGCUUAGUAUAAUUAUGGUUAUGAUCAUUUUAAAAUCACGGUUCCUACUGUAUCUGUAUGUUGUUAAAAGCAGUCAUUUUGGUAUGGGAUUUGAUAUUUUUUAUGUUUCGUUAGCCACCAAUCGUACCAAAAAUGCGGCAUGCGGGCGAUACCAGAAAUUUCGAUGAAUAUCCCGACGAAGAUUGGCAGACUGCGUUACCUGUUAGUGGAAAACAACUUGAACCAUUCAAAGAUUUCUGAGAUAUCUGUUGUGUCUAUAAAGAUGUAAGGUAUGGAAUUCAAACGUUGACUGCAAUACCGCGACAGAGCAUGGGCAAUCCCAUGAUCUAACCAUGCAUGGUCCCCCCACCGGUUAGGGGGAAGGGACAAUACUCCGGUUAGGGUCAGGUACUCGAAACAAAAAAGUGCACCUGUAUGACGAUAUACAUAAUAGAAUCAAGGAUGGCUGUAUGAUGUACAUCAUAGAAAAGAGACUAUGCUAGCUGGUUUAUUCAAAGCUAACAUAGGUGCAAUUUGUGUGCGCAUGCAUGCGGCAACAAAAUAUACUAGAUUAAUUAAAAAGUUACUUCGCUAGUUAAUGUCUAAAGCUAAAAAUGGUGGAAUGAAUUAUUAUUUUUGAUAUCGUUGUGCAUCAUACUUAAAUAAAACAAUGUAUACAACAUGUUUAGGUUUGGCAAUUUUAAUUUUUUUACAACUAAUAAAAAUAACAAAAAUAUUAAAUAGAUAGAGGAAGCUUAUAUAAAUUUUGGUGAGGUUUCAAGCCAAAGGUAUAGAUUUAAGAAAAUAUUUCUUUUCCUAAAUUUCAUUUAAUUAUCUAAAAACCGUUCCUAGCCAUUGUGUGUGCAGCAAACACUUCACGGUAUUUCUAUUACAUGUAUAUUAUUCAUUAUGAUCUUUUGCGAUUCAAGGCCGGAUUCCACGAGGCGGAAUUUUUCGACCGAAACGAAAUUUCUCUUUGUCUUUUUACAAUUAGUUCUGCUCGAGAGCUCUGAAACAAAGAGAAAUUUCGAUUCGGUCGAAAAAUUUCGCCUAGUGGAAAACCGCCUUCACGCAUGAAGUAUGUGUGAAAAAUUGAAAAUGUUCCUGAAUCUUGUUGCUAAGUUACAUGUUUCUCCGCAACCGACAAUAUGGCGGUAUAGUUUCCGUAAUGUGGACCGUCCAACGAUGAACGUAUUUCACUGGAUGUAGCUCUUACCAUAUACAGUAAUAAGAGGAUUAAAGGCUUGAUUCCACGAGGCGGAAUUUUUCGACCGAAACGAAAUUUCUCUUUGUCUUUUUACAAUUAGUUCUGCUCGAGAGCUCAUGAAACAAAGAGAAAUUUCGAAAAAUUCCGCCUUGUGGAAAACCGCCUUAAGAGCGGUUGUACAUUUACAUAUUAAUUUAUUAAUUCUGUUUUUAUUGUAUUUACAGUGAGAAAAUAUCCUGUCAGACGAGAUAAAUGUCUACUUCGGUCAAGGAGGAUUAGAGACAACGCAAGAAAUGUGACCAUUUGGUCGGACCAAACUAUUAGCGAGCUUAAGGUACGUUUACACGCUGCGAUUUGUCGGGCCGAUUUUGCUCGCUGUAUGUAAAUAACCUGUCGUGAGUACUCGCGUCAGCACCUUGCGAUUCACAAAAUCGGGAGAAAAAUCUGUAACACUAACACAGAUUUUUCUCACGAUUCAACGAUUUUUCUUCCGUUGUAAAGUUGUUGAAAACUUUUCGCACGCAGAAAACUAUAAUAUGAACAGACGAAAGAGCGGACAGCUUCAAUUGAACGUUUAAAUCGCUCAAUGUCGAAGAAGGGGCAUCGAUUAUUUACCAAAAUCGGCCCGACAAAUCGCAGCGUGUAAACGUAGCUUAAGCAAGCGACGUUUUUGUCAACACGGACGACAGAUUACCGAGGGGGGGGGACUGGAUUAAAAACUGUGUUUCUGUCAUUCUGUGGUCAUCGUCAGCACAUAACUUUUUUUGUUUCCUUACACGAGUGCUAUGGUGCAAAAUGCCGCCAAAAUUAGUUAUACCAAUUUCCGGGUGACAAAAACAGGUGUUGACAAAAACGUCGCUUGUUUAAGCCUGGCGCACACGAUGCGAUUUUAAUCGGACAACAUCAAAACAUUUUGAUGAUAUACGAUUUUUAUCGGUGGAAUUUUAAGUAUAACCAAUCAGAUUUCAUGCUGUGAUCACGUGCUUGUAUUUAUUUGGCAACAUGGCGGCUACAGUUCAGGGAGCG